AUUUAAAUAUAAAAAUGAGCAGAAAAUAAACUCGUCCUCUUCUAAUGUUGAAAUCUGAAUAGGAUGAUUUCCCUUUUGACAUUAAAGAUGUUAAUACGAAUGAAAUAAAACAAAUAGAUUAUUUCAGAAUGUACAAUUCUUUAAAAAUGGUACUUGAAAAGCUAAUUGAAGAACAAGUAAUUAUGUUUAAAUUAUUUAGUCUUUACAACAAAAAUUAUAAACAAAUAUAGAUUUUGCAUUUAGAGUAUUUUUGCAAAAAGAUUAAACAACAAGUUAAUAACAAAAAGCCGGAAAAAAAAAUUAAGCAUAAUCUAUCCAAAGAUAAGAAGUUUUAUAGCUUGUAGAAAGAUUAUCUCAAAUGGGAUUUUCGGAUAAAUAAAUAAAUGAAAGAUUAUAAUUGAAUCCUGGACAAACAUUAAAUGGAAUCAACUAACAUUUAGACAAUCAAGAGGGAGAUUAAUAAUCAGGAAAAAAAUAAAUUAAAGAGAAGUUAAAAUAAGGAUAGAUUAUUGAAAAACAACAGCUUCAAUAAGAAUAAUAAUUCCAUUCUAAUAAUGAGUCUGACCAGAAUUGAAGGAAUGAAAUAUAAUGUUUUAAUUUUCCUCGUAUAAAUAAUAGUCAUAUAUACAGAAC